AUGCUCUCAUAUUUUUACAUAACUCUUUUGAUCUUAUUUUCUUCUACGCUCAUUUGCCAUACUCAAACCCCAGCACAUUCUUAUGCUCCGAUACGUACCAAAUGUCCUUCAGGGUCGUUCAUGAGAUACGCGGGAACAGUGGAAAGAAGGAACCAAAGACUUGGGGAUAAAGAAGCCUAUUACAUGGAACAAAGGAGACAGAAAGUUAUACCUGGAGCCUAUCGUGCCUACCUAUCAAAUGUUGAAAACUCCCUACGAAGCCGAUCCCGUCGACUACCACGAUAUGUGAGCAAGAUCCUACGCGGAGACAACAUCGAUAGACCACACGUGUCAGUUGCAGUCUCCGGAGGUGGACUUCGGGCUAGCUACUUUGGCGCUGGUGUUCUGAAUGCACUUGAUGGUCGUAACAGUACUUCUGUAAAAGUUGGAACAGGUGGAUUGCUCCAGGCAUUCGACUAUAUUACGGGACUUAGUGGGGCAGCUUGUCUGGUCAUGUCUCUAGCACAAGCCAAUUUCCCCGAUAUGUAUGAGUUGUCACUGGGACCUCGAGACCCACGAGUCGUUCCUGAAGAGUCAGACGCUUUCAUCGGCAGCACCAGAGGCUGGUUAACUGAUAUUAGUUACAUAACUCCAGGGGCUCUUAACCUGGCACAGGAUGGUCUCUGGUGGGCAGAGAUUUCGGGGGAUGUUGAAGAGAAAGCUGCUGCUGGGUUCAAAGUCAGUCUGGCCGAUAUGUACGCUAGGAUUCUCGCAUAUCACUAUGUAAACGGGACCAGCCACGAGAAUUAUUUCGAUCCUGGCGCGCCCCAUGGGCAAGCGGAAACGUUGAGCUCUCUAGCUCGAGCAGUCCCGACUCUUCGAAACUAUUCGCAACCUUUGGCACUGAUCACCUCAAUAGCGGAAUCACCUGGAGAGGGACGAGACAAUAUCCUACAGGGGGCUGCAGUACCAAUAACCAAUAACCAAUACGAGUUCAGCAUGUUCGAAGUGGGUUCGUGGGAUUCCAACCUAGCCACAUUUAUUGACACAGCCUAUCUUGGGUCUCAACCAGGCCGCAAAGACUGUGUGAAGAAUUAUGACAACUUGGGUUUCAUGGUGGCCGCUUCUGCCAAUGUCUUGAAAAAAGCUGAUAAUUUACUCGGUGCACUCUCAACUAAGGGAUACUUCCCCAUUUUACCGCGUAUUGAAGGUUUUCUAUCGCUCGUUCCUAAUCCCUUCAAAGAGAAUCUGCCAUUUGCGCCGUUGUUGGUACCUGCUCGAAAGGUCGAUGUCAUUUUAGCACUUGAUGCGAGCGAUGACCUCGAUAUGGGCUACCCCACUGGAGACGCCCUGUUGGCUACUGCACAGCGCUCCCGGAUAUUUCCGAACAAGGCCUACCCAUUUCCAGAUGUGAAGAACGUCUCCAGAUUGCAUCGCACCCGACCAAGUUUCGUAGGCUGCACAGAUCUUCCUGGAACUCCAUUAAUCAUUUACAUCCCCAACGCACCACCAGUUCCCAAGGUCCAAACUGCAGCACUCGAGCUCUCGCGUGCUACCAGUUUGGCUGUUCUGGACUCAUCUACACAGCUCGCCUUCACCAAAGAUCCUCUUUGGAGUGGUUGCUUGGCUUGCGCGGUGGUCGAUCGAGCUCGGGCUCGCGCUAAAAAAAGACGGGUUGGACUAUGUGCCGAUUGCUUUUCUCGCUAUUGUUAUGAUGGUCAGGCGGGAAAAUAUACCGAUGUUUGA